AUGGACAGCGGUUUAUUUUUAAAAGCGACCAGAAGGCUGGUACGUGGUAACCAAUUAGCUGAACGCAACAUGCGAUCCAGCCCAGCGGUCAGGAUGCAGUCCGCGAUUCCCACGGGUCUGGCUGUUUCUCAUGACAGACUUGACAGCAGACGUGACGAUGUUGACGAUGUUGACGUUGUUGAUGAUGUUGAUGAUGACAAGCAUCGACAUCCUUUCGUCGCUCCACAUGUGAUCUUGUUGAGCCCCAUCUUGCCGCAAUCGGCAGGCGGGUCUUGGCAUCGACUCUCUGUGAAGUCGCAGUCUGAUAUUCAGCUGAUCCGCGGCGAGAGGAACGAACACACUUGGUCAUUCCGUGUUCAGAAGCACGCAGGUGAGGAUGAGGAGGGUCGUACGAUCCCAGGUUGCGCCAAGGGAAUCUGUGACACCCAUUUUCACAUUUCGUCCCGAGAGAGUCCAAGCUUCGGGUCUGUUGAAGGAUGCGGGAUCAAGAUCUUCCCCCGUGAACUUAAAUUAUAUGCCGGCAACUUAUUUCCACGCCACAGUCAUUCUAUGGAUGACUUGCGGAAGCUGGUCCAGCUUACGGAGCACUCCGUACAGAUUCCAGAUAUGAUAUAUUGA